AGCGCGAUGAGCGCGGGCUGAGGGGGGGUUGGGGGGGGGGGGGAUCCGCCGCCAUGGUGGCUCACGAUGAGCUCGGGGGGCUGCUGCCCAUCAAAAGGACUAUCCGCGUCAUCGACGCGCAGAACCAGCACUUCAGGGAGCAGGAGGAGCCCAGCAACAAACGGGUGCGGCCCCUGGCUCGGGUCACCUCCCUGGCCAACUUGAUCUCUCCUGUCAGAAAUGGGGCGGUUCGGCGCUUCGGGCAGACCAUCCAGUCGUUCACUCUGCGCAGCGACAGCAAAUCCCCGGGCUGUGCGCACAAGUCCUGCAGCAGAUCUGCCGCUCCCACGCCCCCCAAGAGGAGGAACAGCGUCCUGUGGUCGGAGAUGUUGGAUGUCAACAUGAAAGAGUCCCUGAGCUCCAAAGAAAUCAAGCGCCAGGAGGCCAUAUACGAGAUGUCCAGGGGAGAACAGGACCUGAUCGAAGACCUCAAACUUGCCAGAAAGGCCUACCAUGAUCCCAUGCUGAAACUCUCCAUCAUGUCCGAGGAGGAGCUCACCCACAUAUUUGGAGACUUGGAUUCCUACAUUCCUCUGCACGAGGACUUACUGGCGAGUUUAGGAGAAGCAACAAAACCAGAUGGGACGGUGGAGCAGAUUGGGCCCAUUCUUGUGAAGUGGCUACCACGGCUCCAUGCCUACAAAGGCUACUGCAGCAACCAGCUGGCAGCCAAGGCCCUGCUGGACCAGAAGAAGCAGGACAGGAGGGUCCAGGACUUCCUGCAGCGCUGUCUGGAGUCUCCCUUCAGCCGCAAGCUGGACCUCUGGAGCUUCCUGGACAUCCCUCGGAGCCGGCUGGUGAAGUAUCCGCUGCUCCUCAAGGAGAUCCUGCGGCACACGCCCAAGGACCACCCCGACGUCCACAUCCUGCAGGAGGCCAUAUCCAUAAUCCAAGGGGUCCUCUCUGACAUCAACCUGAAGAAGGGCGAGUCCGAGUGCCAGUAUUACAUCGACAAGCUGGAGUACCUGGAUGAGAAGCAGAAGGAUCCAAGGAUUGAAGGCAGCAAAGCUUUGCUGUGCCACGGGGAGCUGAAGAACAAAAAUGGACAUAAGCUCUACGUGUUCCUCUUCCAAGACGUCCUGGUGCUGACCCGGCCGGUGACCCGCAAUGAGCGCCAGGCCUUCCAGGUGUACCGGCAGCCCAUCCCCGUGCAGGAGCUGCUGCUGGAGGACCUGCAGGACGGGGAUGUGAAGAUGGGAGGGUCCUUCCGAGGAGCCUUCGGCAACUCCGAUAAAGCCAAGAACAUCUUCCGGGUGCGGUUCCAGGAGGCCGCGGCAGGCCAGUCGCACACGCUGCAGGCCAACGACGUGUUCCACAAGCAGCAGUGGGUGAACUGCAUCCGCAGCGCCAUCGCCCCCUUCCAGAGCGCUGCCCCUCCCUCCGAGCUGCAGGAGCUGCCGGAGCUCAGCGAGGAGUGCGAGGAGAACGACCCCUCCGUGCCCGGCGUGCCGGCACCGCCGCACCGCGCCGGGACACCCCCCCUGGAGCUGGGCGAGGGCACGGCCCGGGACUCAGGGACAGCGGCACACACCCCCUCCCCCGGGCUCACGAGAGCCAGGGAGAAGCAGCUCAGCGGGAAGCGGAAAGAAACGCUGGUGUAGGGAGAAGAGGAGCCCAGAGGGGGCUCCUUCCCUCCCUCCUUCCUUCCUUUCCCCGAGGGAAAACUGUUUAUUUAUAAAUAACGCCGUGUACAUUUGUGGAA